AUGGCCUGCUUUCCUCAAAUGCUACUAAAGAAGAAGCCAACAUAUCAGUGGAUACACAAACUUAUGGAGGAAAUGGAAACUGAAAUUGCUUGCAUUCGUCUUGGGAGUUUCCAUGUCAUUGUUGUCACUUCUCCUGAGCUUGCUUGCCAAUUCUUAAGGGAGCAAGACUCUCUUUUCUCGUCGAGGCGUACUUGCAUGUCUGCCACCCUCGUUAGCAAUGGCUACUUGACCUCUGUUUUUCUCCCUAUUGGUGAUCAAUGGAUGAAAAUGAGAAGAUUUCUUGGUUCCCAUGUCCUCUCACAAUCAUCUCAUCAAUGGCUUCGUCAUAAAAGGGAUGAAGAAGCUGACCACCUUCUUCGAUUUGUAUACAAUCAAUAUUGCAGUAUCGACGAACCUGUUACUAUUAACUUGAGGAAAGUGACCAGAUAUUACUGUGCAAAUGUUGUUAAGAAUAUGAUUUUCAGCAAGAGAUUACUAGGAAAAAGAAUAACGGGAAAAAAUGGAGGACCAAGUGUAGAAGAAGAAGACGAAGAACAAGUUGAAGCACUCUUCACACUUCUUGGUUAUCUCUUUUCUUUUAGUAUCUCAGAAUAUUUGCCAUGGUUAAGUGGAUUUGAUUUAGAUGGUCACAAGGCAAUUAUCAAGAAAGCCUAUGUCAAAGCAACAAAACUGAUUGAUCAUGAUCAUUGA